GACAACAGUUGGGGGAAACUCCACCCAACUUCUUCCUGUUUACGCCUCUUAUGCUAAUGCUAGCUAAUAUAUUUCAAUCGGACACUCUGAUCUGCAUUGCUGUAAAAAAAAGAAUGACCCAAUGUGACAUACGGCAACCUUCGACGUAAACACUACCUGGCUCUUGGAAAAUAAGGCCCUUUUUCCUUGGCUGCAGCACCUCCCAAAAUCCCACCACAAUGUCGUGCCGGAACAUCCACGCCACCAACGCCUUUGCCUUCAUCAUCGCUUUUGUGUCAGUGGCCGGCUUGGCCGUGGCGGCGUUGGUCCCUCAGUGGCGCGUAACCCGACUGGUCACCUUCAAUCGCAACGCCAAGAACAUCAGCGUAUACGACGGGCUGUGGACAAAGUGCGUCAAGCAGGACGGAUAUUCGGGAUGUUACUACUAUGACGCAGAGUGGUACUCCAAAGUGGACCAGCUGGACCUGAGGCUGCUUCAGUUCUGCGUGCCGGCGGCUUUGGCCUUCGGCUCCGUGGCCUUGCUGCUGUGCAUGGCCGGCAUGUGUAAAACCUGCUGCUGCUCCGACAAGCCCGAACCGGACAUCAAGAGCAUCCGCUUCUUGGUGAACAGCGCCGGCUGUCACCUGGUGGCGGGCGCGUUUCUCUUCCUGGGCGGCGCCGUCGCCAUCCCGCCCUCCAUUUGGUUCCUGUUCGGCACCAAGGAGCUCAACAGGAGAUACGCCAAUAUUUUCACAGACGGCUUUGCGCCGUACGUGUCCAUCGGCUGCUCCGGGGGGUUGAUCCUGGCUGCCUUGCUCAUGUUCAUGUGGUACUGCAUGUGUAAGAAGCUGCCCUCGCCCUUCUGGUUGCCCCUUUCCUCUAUGCCCUCCUCGGCGUCCACCCAGCUGCUCACGGCCAACGGAUUACCGCCGUCUCCGAUUUACGCUCCCCAGACCUUGCCGCCUCAGGCCUAUCCUCCCACGGUGAUCGACACGCAGCGUUAUGUUCCCGCGCAGGGCUACAUUCAAAGCGUGGCUGCCCCUGCGCCGGCGCAGGUGUACGUGUCUCAGAUUUCGGCUCCUGAUGGUUACGGGUCAGAGGUGGGCGGGACCCAAGCCUACAGCUACGCGCCUUCUCAGAGCUACGCGCCUUCUCAGAGCUACGCGCCGUCACAGAGCUACGCGCCGUCACAGAGCUACGCGCCUUCACAGAGCUACGCGCCAUCACAGAGCUACGCGCCAUCUCAGAGUUACGCAGCUAGCUACGCCGGCCGCCGCUACUCUACCCGCUCGCGGAUGUCCGCCAUCGAGAUUGACAUUCCCGUCGUGACACAGUAAAAAAAACGUCCUUGCAGAUCAAAUCAAUGUCAUUACUCUUUGAGAGGUUCCCCUUAAAUUAAUAUUACCACUUUCUUAAGGGGCUGAUUAAAGAAGUGAGGGCCAGUCGAGCUUGCUGGAUGUAUUUUAUAUGAAGGAAAAUGAAAGUCGCAAAGGAGAUGGGAAUUUUGCAACUUUUAGCCUUUGCAAUUUGAAAAUUGUGUUCUAUCACAUCACAAUGUCGAUUUUAAUUCGAUUAAUCGUUGUUGGUUUUUUUAAAUAAUGUUAAACAUUUUCACAGAACUUUGGAGGUUCCACUUUUUGUCACAAUUCUAUAGAACAAACACUGUAUGCCAACUGCUGUUACAUUGAAUGUGGAAGACUUAAAUUGCUUGUCAUCACUACUAAAAUACUUAGCAUAGACUAAUUUGUAACAUGAAUCCACAGUUCAUGUGAUGUUGAAGAAAAAACUGCACUAAUUGUGAGUACUAACGUGUAUCUACUGUGCCAAUGUUCCUUUUUGUGUUUUAUAAUGUGUGUCUGUGUGAACGCUAAUCUGAAUAUAACUGUAUGGAUGUAGAAGCUUGAAGUUCUAAACAUUCCCUAACAUGUUAUAGUGACCUAAGUAUAGCAUUUUUGACAUUUUAUUUUGUUACACACUGAACGAAAUAUUUUUUUUCUACUCAUUUUUUUCCUAUUAAACACAAACUGUUAUUGCAAUUA